ACCUGUAUCACCAUGUCAGCACUUCAUCUUCUGACUCGAUGGGGGAUCAACCACGUCUCCGUCUGCUAUUGCUGGCCGUGGCCCUGCUGGCUAUUGCGCUCCUCUCGACUGCAGAAGAUGCCUCGACGCCCGUGACGCCCGCUGUUCGGGGCCAAGAGCACCUUGAGAGUGAGCCUGUCAACGUCCACGCCCAGCACGGCGGCCAUGACCAUGACCACAACCACCACGACCAUGACCAUGAGAAGACCACCAAACCCAAUACAGAUAGAUUCUCGCCCAUUGUAUGGGGGCAAGCGCUGUUCGCCACUGCCCUGGUAGGCGCCGCGCCUGUGCUAGUGCUGCUCGUGGUGCCGCUGGGCGUCGGGAACCAGGAGAAGCAACAACCACUGCUACGCGUCUUCCUAAGCUUUGCAGCUGGUGGACUACUGGGUGACGCACUACUGCAUCUACUGCCGCAUUCUCUUCCCGAGAGUGCGGGUCAUUCCCACGACCAUGAAGGCCACGACCACGACCAUGAGGGACACUCGCAUUCCAUGGCGGAUCUCUACGUAUGGCUCUGGACACUCGCUGGAAUGUUGACUUUCUUCAUGCUGGAGAAGUUUGUGCGAGCACAGACUGGAGGCGGCCAUGGACAUUCUCAUGGACACGCUCAUCCUUCGGCGUCCGUGCAGGAUGGUGGAGCAUCUCCGGUAUCCAGCAAGACAACUACGGCAAGGAAGCGAACCGUCUUCAAGGAAGGCAAGGACGAUGCAGAAAUGCCCGAAGAGGAACCGAUCAUGCCCAAACAACCGGAUAAGAAGCCCAUUGCCGCUGCAGGUUACCUCAAUUUGGCCGCGGACUUCUCGCACAACUUCACGGACGGUCUAGCUAUCGGCGCCACUUUCCUGCGUGGCACCGGCUGGACCACAACGGUGGCGAUGCUACUGCAUGAGCUGCCCCACGAGAUCGGCGACUUCGCUAUCCUCAUCCAGUCUGGUUUCACGCGGCGUGAAGCUAUGAUCACGCAAUUGUUGACUGCCAUUGGAGCGAUGAUUGGCACAGUCAUCGGUCUGCUCAUGGAAGGUGCCGGGGACUCGAGCUCUGUAUGGAUCUCGCCGUUCACGGCAGGUGGCUUUAUCUACAUUGCAUGUACCAGCGUUAUGCCAGAGCUACUGGAGGACUGCUCCCUCACUCAGUCGCUCAAGGAGGCAGGUGCCAUGUGUGCGGGCAUUGGACUCAUGGCCCUCAUUGCUCUGAGCGAAUAGACCCAAGAGAAGACUAAAACCAAAACAAGAAGUGUCAAUGCUUUGCUUGUUUCUCUUUUAUCGUUUUUGGCGACGUAUACAUAUGCAUGUUGGGCUCUUCACUGUCACCUGAAAGUAGAAUGUUGCUUACUUUGAAUCCUCUUCCUUCUUCUCAUCGGC